AUGAGCAACCGUAAUUCGAGAGCUCCUAGAGAAGGAGCAGUACAAGAAGACCCUCGAGUGGAUGGCCUGUUACGGGCUAUGGAAGCGUUGGGAAACAUUGUUGGACAGCAAGUAAGAAUUCGGGAAGCUGCCGCUACUACCGCCGCUGUCGCCCCACCUAAAGACCCUGGUGAUCCCGAGGCUAGCACCUGUUGGAUUAAGGAGCUGGAAAAGAUUUUUGCCCCGUUAAGAUGCACCGAGGAAGAUAAGGUGACGUUGGCUGUGUAUCGAUUGCGGGGGAAUGCCAACACAUGGUGGGAAGCCUCUCGAGGACGGAUCUUUCCAGAAGGUACGGUCCUAGUAUGGAAUGCCUUCGUGGAAGCUUUUAACGGCAAGUGUUUUUCUGAUUGUGCCGGGGAACAAAAGAUGAAUGAGUUUAUGCGUCUACGCCAAAACCAGAUGUCGGUGGACCGAUACGAAGCUAAGUUUGCUGAACUGUCGAGGUAUGCACUUAGGAUGGUUGAAAAUCCAGUGGACAAGGCAAGAAGAUUCAGAGAUGGACUCAAACCGAAGCUGAAGGACCGGUUGGUGUUCCUGAACCCGAAAGACUAUAAUGAGCAGUAUGAAAGGGCUCACCGGAUCGAAAGAAAUAUGACCGAAAGGGCCAUUGCAUUUGGAUCGCGAUAUAUAUCCUCCGGAAGAAGUGAUCAUCGAAAUGGGAAAAUGCCGAUAUCUGAAGAAAAGCAUCCUAUUCGACCCGACCGAAGGAAUGCUAUAGGAAAACCGGCACUUAACGUCGAUGGAGUAUGCCGACUGUGUGGCCGGAGGCAUGGAAAUGCUCCAUGUCCUUUUGGAGGAGGAGUUUGUUUUAGCUGUGGGCAAAUGGGCCACCUGGUGAAAGACGGCCCACAGAGACAAGCAAGAGUAUUGGCACCACUACAGCAAGGAGGACAACCACGGAGGAACACUCCGCAGGACAACCUAGAUCGACCCCGCUAG